AUGCGUUUCUCAACUAUCACGAGCGCGGCGCUAGUCGCUUUCUCGGCCACUUCCUCGGCCUCUGUCAUCGGCACUCCGGUGCUGCAGAGAGACACCAUCUCGCACACUUGCGCCUGUGCGGUCAGCGCCACCACCAGUGCUUCGUACGGCACUAUCGGCGGUAGCACCGGAGGAAGCACGGGUGGAAGCACCGGAGGGAGUACUGGAGGCAGCACUGGAGGCAGCGCCGGAGGAAGCACCGGUGGCACUGUCGGUGGAAGCACUGGUGGCAGUGCAGGUGGGAGUGCCAGUGGCAGCACCUCAGGACUUGGCAGUCUCGUCGGAGGGCUUCUGGGUGGCCUGACUGGUUCGGGCAGCGCGUCUGGUUCUGCCGAUACUAGCGGCCUCGGAGGCAUCAUCUCGUCGCUUACUGGCAGCUUCACGGGUGGCAGCGAUGUGAUCGACAAGCUCGUUGGCGAGCUCGAGUCCAUCGGGAGCAUCGCCUUCUCCGGCGACGGCAACCUGGACAUCUCGGGCCUGGCCAACGGGGUGACCUCGGCGCUGACCACGCUCAGCGGCGGCUUCUCGGGCAACGCCAACGUCACCUCGGCCUGCGACUCUGCCAUCAACAUCGUGGGCCAGAUCGAGGGCCUGGCGCAGGCCUUCCUCGGCGGCAACGCCACCGCCUCGGGCUCGAUCGACAUCGUCGGCAACGUGCUGGGCGAGGUCGAGUCCAUCAUCGGCAGCCUGAGCGGCAGCGUCGCGGGUGGCACCACGGCCGGCGGCUUCUCCGACAUCCUGACCCAGCUCUGCGGCACCGCCCAGUCGCUCCUGUCCGGUAUCUCGGGCGGCGGCAGCAUCUCGGCCUCGGGCAUCCUUGACCAGCUCACUGGCAUCUUCUCGCAGUUAAGCUCGCUGCUCGGCGGUCUCGGCCUUAGCGGCAGCAUCGGCGGCAGCACCGGCGGCAGCACCCAAGGGGGCGCAAGUGGCUCUAUUGACCUGAGCAGCACCAUCAAGUCGCUGCUGAGCUUCUUGCAGAGCUAA